AUGACUGAUUUGGAACAUAGUGGUCCUUCGCAUCGGGAUGAUUCCCAACCUAUGGAGAUGCAGAAUGGUGUCCGGAAGAGUUCACGUGCUAAUAAAGGCAUUCCUCCGGCACGUCUUGGGUUUGAAAGCACGGCUCAGACUUUGGAAGAGACGCUAAUACAAACUCAGAUUGAGCGUACUCAGAUGCAGAUUACCCUGUUGGAACUCAAGGAAAAACAAACCAAGAUGUUGCUUGAGAAGUCCCAAGGCUCUUCAGGUUCUCAGCAGCAGUUUGGGGGGCAAGAUGGUGCCUCACAUAAUCAUCCCAAUAAUGCUCAAAAGGAGGUUAUGGACAAGUUUGACCAAGAGCCCAACGAGAUUCCAGAUGCUGAAUCAAUAGCAACAGAGUACACGAGGUUUGUGGAGCAAGUCGGGGGCGUGAAGAUUGUGAAGAAAACCCAAAAGAUCCGUCGAGAUAAUCGUCAGGAUAGUGACUCCGGCAGCUCGUCCGGAAAGAGCACAUGCAGCCGACUAUCGGUGCAUGACGUCAUUAGAGAGCAAUUCGAGGAGUGGCCCAUGUUUAUUGCCUGGUACAAGAACACCACAAAAACAUGCCACUUCUCAGAUGAAGAGAACUUGCAGCGCCUGCGAAAAUGUCUGAAGGGAGCAGCCAGAGAGUGUGUUCAAAUUCUCCUGUUCUCUCCCGAAAAUGUCGGGAAGAUUAUCAACACUCUGGAAAGACGCUUUGGUCGUCCUGACUUCUUGGUGAAGUCUUUGAUCGCCAAGGCAAAGGAGAUUCCUGCUGUGAAAGAAGAGAAACCGGAGACGAUAAUCAACAUGGCUAAUUCAGUGAUGAAUCUUGUGGCCUCACUCAAAAUGUUCCAGAGAUGGAAUUAUAUUGACAAUCCCCAACUCCUGGAGGAAUUCCUGAUGAAGUUGCCACUCUCUAUGCGUGUGCAGUGGUCUGAGUACAGCUUGUCAAAGAUUCACUGCACCUUGGAAACUUUCUCAGAUUGGAUGGAGAUUCGCGCAUUAGCAGCUGGCGAGAGAGUGCAUUUUCCUGGUUACAGGGGGAGCGAUGACAGGGGAAAUGAGAGAGACAAGAAGACCGACAAGAAGCCCGAGAAAAAAGCGAGGUUAGUGGCAGCCACAAAAGAGACUGACACCGAAGAGGCGCCAAAAACUGAGCACACUGACAAGGGGAGGAACCCAACUACGAGAUGUACGAUGAACAAUUGUGGGAGUAGGCAUCACAACCUUCUCCACAAGGACAGGUCCCCAGAAAAUCCUAUAGUUCCACAGAAACCAGAUGAAAGUCCCGCGAACAAUGACGUUCGAAAUGAGAAUAUGACGGGCACUGUAGCUCAUGCUACGACUUCCAGUGGACGAAUUCUGAUGAAGAUUCUGCCCGUGAUCGUGUCUGGCCCUGCAGGGAUGGUAAAAACAUCUGCUUUUCUUGAUGAAGGAUCCACGAUCACUAUGAUCCGAGCGAGUCUGGCUGAUAAAUUGGGACUUGAGGGGCCUGUGAAGCCUCUCAGCUGGAGAGGCACUACACCAGAUAUAAAAACUGACAAUGAUUCUCGCAUGGUUGAUCUGAAGAUCAAGGGAAGUUUCCCACGAGCCAAGGAGUACACCAUGCACCAUGUGAGAACAGUGAAAGACCUGACACUUCCUUGCCAAUCUGUAGAUGUCCAGAAAUUGAGUGUUGAUUGGAAAUACCUCGCCGAUGUUGAUAUUGAGUCCCAAUGUGAAGCUGAUCCUGAGAUAUUGAUUGGGCUCGAUAAUACCCCUUUGAUAGUUUCACGCGAGGUAAUCCAUGGACCUUGGAGAGCACCCUACCUUGUACGGACUUGGCUUGGAUGGGUUAUUCUGGGCACAGUGUCAGCUCAAGACAACAGAGAAAUCGAGAUGAAUUGUGCCAUGGUAGAAACGAUUGAUGAGUUGCACAAUUUGGUGAGAGAUUCCUUUUCCACGGAAUCUUUUGGUACUAUCCCACACCAGGAGCCCGUGCAUUCUCGAGAUGAUAAAAAGGCGCUUCAGAUUAUGGAAAAUACUACCCACCAGACACCCGAUGGGCGCUAUGAAGUUGGGUUGCUCUGGAAAGGUGGAAUUUGUCCCAAAGUUCCGGAAUCACGAGAAGCAGCUCUGAAAAGGCUCCGUUCUACAGAACGACGACUUGAUCGCGAUUCCGAGUUAGCUGCCUCGUAUUGUGAGAAGAUGAUGGAUCACAUCCGGAAGGGAUAUCUAGUGAAAUUGAGUGAUAGUGAUCGUGAAGUGCCGCCGGAGAAGACGUGGUAUUUGCCACACUUUACUGUGACUCAUCCCGCCAAGAAGAAAAUUCGCGUAGUGUUCGAUUGUGCCGCGGUAUCAAGGGGAGUGUCGAUGAACUCUUUGCUGUACAAGGGGCCAGACCUCUUGCAAUCUCCCCCAGCAGUCCUGACGAAUUUUCGCAGAGGAAAAUUUGGUUUUACCGGCGACAUAAGAGAAAUGUUUCAUAGAGUGAAAGUGCGCGAAGAGGAUCAAAAUUAUCAAAGAGUGCUUUGGCGUGGAAUGAAUCGUUCAGAUCCUCCGGAAGAAUAUAAACUAUCAGUGAUGACUUUCGGUGCUACGUGUUCGCCUACUUUGGCUGGGCAUGUCAAAGAUAAAAACGCCCAAAGGUUCGCCAACACGUAUCCCGAUACAGUGAAAGAAAUUGAAAAGUACAUGUACUGUGAUGAUUACAUCAGUUGUGCAAAUUCGAUUGAUGAAGCUAGUGCAAGAAUAAGUGAAGUAAUUGAGAUACACAAAGAUGCGGGAUUUGAUGUUGUAAACUGGUCCGCAAGUGAUUCCAGAAUUUUGUGUAAUCUCAAUGAAAGUGAAAAAGUCAAGAACUUUAGUGAUUCGAGUGACUUUGAUCGAGUUCUAGGAUUGUGGUGGGAUUCAGAGCAAGAUGUUUUCACAUUUCGUCUGAAUUUCCACAAAGUGUCUGCUGAAGUGUUGAGUGGACAGAAGAUUCCCACCAAAAGGGAGGUUCUCCGCCUUGUGAUGUCCAUUUUUGAUCCUCUUGGAUUUGUGGGCAUGCUCACCGUCAAGGGUAAAAUAAUACUCCAAAUGAUCUGGCGCCAAGAAAUUGGAUGGGAUGAUGAAAUCAAGGAUGAGGCGUUGGAAUACUGGCAAAAGUUUCUGAAAGAAUUGAGGCUCAUCAGUUCUGUGAGUAUUCCACGAUCUUAUUCCGAUAACUUGUGCUGUGCUGUUUCUGUCAAACUCCACGUGUUUGGGGAUGCAAGUUCCUCUGCAUUCGCUGCUGUUGCGUAUCUUCGGAUCGAAGAUGCAGGGAGAGUGGUGAUCUCUUUUGUGAGCUCACGCACACGAGUUGCUCCUUUAAAGGCUGUCACGAUCCCACGGCUUGAGCUCCAGGCAGCCGUUUUGAAUAGCAGACUGAGCCACACACUGAUUUCUGUUCUAGAUGUUAAGAUUGACCGAAUCUUUCACUGGACAGACUCCAUGACGGUAUUGUGCUGGCUCCGAAACGGAUCCAGGAGAUUCAAACAGUUUGUUUCUCAUCGGGUGGGUGAGAUUGAGCAGCUGACCGACAUUAGUUCUUGGAAAUGGGUCUCUACCAAGGACAAUGUAGCCGAUCUUGCGACAAGGAUGACACCCGGAGAUUACACUCCAGAAUCCAGAUGGUUCCGUGGCCCAGAUUUUUUGAGACUCUCUGAGGAGAAUUGGCCACGCGAGAAAGAGCCUUCCGAACCUAUUGACAUGACUGUGAGUGUGGUUGAGCUCGUGAAUGUAAAUUACGAGCAUGAUGUCGAUCCCCUGGUUCCAGAUGCGAGACGAUUUUCCUCCUGGACACGCCUCUUGCGUGCCACAGCUCGUGUGAGGAAAAUCUUCAAGAUUUGGUAUGAGUUCACCUCGAAAGCUCGAUCAAAGGGUGACCUAACCAAAUCCGAACUGACCGUAACAGAUCUGAAAGAAGCUGAGAAAUGCCUUUGGCGGGAAAUGCAAGCGAAGUACUUGCCAGAAAUUUCUCGUUUGCAGAAGGGUCAAGCAAUCGAUAAAACGAGUUCCUUCUACAAGCUUUCUCCUUUUGUGGAUAACGAGGGAAUUCUGAGGAUGAGGAGCCGACUGGAAAACUGUCCCGAAGCUGUCGAGAAGUUCCCAGUCAUUCUUGACCCAAAGCACCCCGCUACCAAGCUGAUGAUUUUAGAUGCCCAUGAGAGGAAUAUGCACUACGGACGAGAGCAAAUUGUUAACAAUUUGCGAGAGAGAUUCUGGAUUCCGGGUAUCCGUAUGGCAGUCAAGGCAUCUUGGAAAGAUUGUCAACGAUGCAACAAUUCGAUGGUUCUACCUGCUCUACCAGAGAUGGCUCCCCUGCCUCUUGCUCGUGUUGAAGGAAACUUUUUCCAUUUACACGCACUGGGGUCGAUUUCUUUGGCCCAAUCAUGGUAA